ACCAGAAGUAAUGCACUUACGUAUUCAGCUCUAACAACAGCAUUUAAGUUAAAUUGAUUGCUACUUGCACACACGUCAUGGAAAGGAAAAUGCCUGAUAACAGUCGACUUAUGGAUACGAGCGAACACGAAUUAAGUGACAUUAUUGAGAUCAUAACACCAGAAUUGGAUGGCACUACAGCCUCUUCAAAACCCUACCUACGUGUUGUGGAACAACCCACCCGUAAGCCUAUGCGCUUUCGCUAUAAGUGUGAAGGUCGCACUGCAGGAACCAUACCCGGUGAGAACUCUUUUCAGGAAACGAAAACAUUUCCGACUGUCGAAAUUGUUGGCUACAAAGGCGAGGCAUUAAUUCUCGUGUCCUGUGUCACAAAGGAUAAGCCCUAUCGACAGCAUCCACAUCAGCUGGUAGGUAAAAAUUGUAAAAGUGGAGUCUGCACUAAGAACGUUGGCCCUGGUUUGCCUCUGCGUGCAGAAUUCAGCAACAUCGGCAUACAAUGCGUACGAAAAAAAGAAAUUUCCGAGUCAUUAGAGGAGCGGAAAAAGAAGAAAGUCGAUCCUUUCAAGACUGGAUUUGAUCAUAUAAACGAUCCGAACUCAAUCGAACUGAAUUCCUUACGUUUAUGCUUUCAAGGUUUUCUAAAGAGUGCCAAUGGUUGGGAGCCGCUCAGUCCAGUGGUGUCUGAACCCCUGUAUGACCGAAAAGCAAAAAGUGAAUUGGUAAUAAGUCGUCUUUGCAGCUGCGCUGCAACUAUCGAUGGCGGUGAUGAAAUAAUUUUGCUCUGUUCGAAAGUCAAUAAAGAUGACGUGAAAAUUCGCUUCAAAGCAAUCGAUAACAAUCAGGAAGUGUGGCAUGCAUAUGCCGAGUUCGAACCGUCCAAUGUGCACAAGCAAACAGCGAUAGCAUUUCGGACACCACGUUAUCCGCAGGCGGAUUUGCCGAAAACUGCCAAGCCAUAUAUUGAGUUGGAAUGCCCCAGCCUGGACAAAAGAAGCGACCCUUUAGAGUUCGUGUUUCAUGACCCAGAUCAUUUCAAGCGAGAAAGAAAGCGUCGGAAAAUAAGCGGGCAAAGUCUCAUAAAUCAGAUGAACAGAGAUUUGGGCUUAAACUUAAAUUAUCAAAGCAUUUCAAUGGAGAAUGCUUUCAAUUUGCCCACGAUUUCACUAACGGUACAGCAGAAUAUCAAAGAUGAACCAGGUUUUGACAUGCCAGCAAGCGCAACCGCAAUUGGCCAGCAGUUCGAUACAUAUCGAAACACCUAUCAAUUUUCACCGGCACAGAUGUCGCCAUUGUCCCCAGAAAGCAACCGCAAUGCAACGCCAUCGCCGAUCUUAUUGGGCGCCAACGGAGCUUACACGGAGCAACUGUGCACUUUGAUGCAGGUCAGUACUCUCCAGGCUGCAAACUGUCAGAUGCAUGAAUUCGUAUUUAAUGAACAAGAAAACCAUGGAUUGGGCUAUGACGCCGGCAUGAUGAAUACUUACAAUAACAACACAAAUCACGCAGCAACGAACCACAAUUUUUGUGGAACCAUACGUAAUAAUACCAGCGGUGGCUGCUUUGAGCGCAUCAACAACGCCGGCACUUGCGCUCCAACAGCGCACAAUGUCCAGAUUGCAGAGUCACAGCCACAGCUGCAGAACCUAGUUUCAGAAAAGGAACGGAUUGAAAGAAUUAAAAAGGAUCUCAUGCAAACACCAAUAACGUUAAUGCAGUCUUCUCCACAAGCAACGGUCCCUUUACAGAAUGGUUGGCAUGAGAAUGCCAAUAUCGAUUUUUUCCAAUAAAUCCCACUGAUAUUAGAGAUAAUUUCUGUUAAGGAUCAAUCAAUCUACAUUUGCUAUUCUUUAGUUUUCGAACAAAUUUUAAGAUGAUUUUUAAGUCAUUUAAAUUUUUUAAAAGCUGGUAGCUUCUGCUUUAUGGAAUAAUCUACAGCUCCUUUUUAAAAUCACACCUUUUAUGCAUUAAAAUCGUAGAAAUUAGCACAUACUUAGAUACAUAUGUAAAUGCUAAAAUAUAUACAUAAAGACACAGUA